CCUUUUAACUCGGGUAUAGUGGUAUGAAUGAUCCUUUAAUUUAUUCAUCACUGAACAAAAUUAAUCAUUCAAUCCUUGCCUUUCUACGUGUAUAUCGAUAGACCCACAUACAUACACAAAAACUACACAUGCUCCAUAUAAGUAGGUAACCAUUAAUUUCCCAUUUUGCUUUUGAUCAAGGUAAUCAUAAUGCAACAACGUUAAAAUAAUGUCUUCCUCCUCUGACUCCACCGACGCCGAUCUCCCCUUGAGACCAAUCCCAGGAGGCUAUGGCCUCCCUUUCAUCGGAGCCGUCUGUGACAGGUUCGAUUUUUUCUACGUCAAAGGCCGCGACGACUUCUUCAGAUCACGAAUGGACAAAUACAAAUCCACCGUCUUCAGAACCAACAUGCCUCCUGGUCCAUUCAUAUCUCCAAACCCUAGGGUCAUCGCCCUUCUUGACGCCGUUAGCUUCCCCGUCCUCUUCGACAGUUCCAAGGUUGAGAAACGCGACGUCUUCACCGGAACUUUCAAGCCCUCAGCCGGAUUCACCAACGGCUACCGUGUCUGCAACUACCUAGACCCGUCGGAACCCAAGCACGACCAAAUCAAGAGCUUCCUCCUUGCUCUCAUCGCCUCCCGGAAAGACCAGGUAAUCCCACUGCUGAGAAACUACUUAACGGAGCUGUUUGUUAAGGUUGAAGACAAGGUAUCAGACCACGGCGAGGUAUACUUCAACCCUAUCAGCCAAAACGAGCUCUUCAACUUCUUGUUUCACCUCUAUUGCGGCAAAGAUCCGAUUCAAACCGUACUCAAAUCUGAUGGCUUAAAACUCUUCCAGUUCUGGGUGUUUGCGCAGGUUUUACCUCUUGGAUCUCUUGGGCUGCCAUGGUACCUCUUCCCUCUCAACGUGGUAGAAGAUUUGCUCCUCCAUACCCUGCCGCUUCCCAGCUUCUUGCUUAAAUGGCACCUCAAGAAGCUUUACAAUGCCGUUGCAACUUCAGCCACGGAAGCGUUCGAUUUAGCUUCAACUUUCGGGUUAUCCAAAGAUGAAGCCUGCAUGAACUUGCUCUUCGUUCUGGGCUUCAACUCUUGCAACGGGAUGAAGGUCGUCGUCCCCACCUUGAUGAAGUGGGUCGGACUAGCCGGAAAGACCCUGCACCAGAAAAUCGCCGAUGAAGUCAGAAGCGUCGUGAAAGAAGGCGGGGUCACUUUAACGGCGCUGGAAAGGAUGCCGUUGGUGAAGUCAGUGGUGUGGGAGUCCUUGAGGAUUGAGCCUCCGGUGGCAUACCAGUACGCGAAGGCCAAAGAGGACAUAGUUGUUCGAAGUCACGACGCUGCGUUUUUGGUGAAGAAAGGAGAGACGCUGUUAGGGUUUCAGCCAUUUGCUACGAAGGACGAGAAAGUGUUCAAGGAUGCAGAGAAAUUUGUGGAGGACAGGUUUAUCGGAGAAGAAGGAGAGAAGCUGUUGAAGUACGUGUAUUGGUCGAACGGGCAGGAGACGGAGGAGCCGGCAGCGGCGAACAAGCAAUGUGCGGGGAAGAAUCUGGUGGAGUUGGUUCUACAGGUGUUUGUGGUGGAGUUCUUCUUGAGGUAUGAUAGUUUUACAGUGAAGCUGGGAAAGCCUACCUUGCAAGGUCCAACAGUUACCAUCACUUCCUUGGUCAAAGCCUCAACCAUUUGAAAUCGUUCAUGGUCAAAUUUUCAUUUUAACAAGCAAGAAUAAUGAAUAUGGAUAAUAAAAUCAUGAUUUCUGCUAUGGCAUCAGAAAGGUUUUGGGGAGUACUGAUGAUCAAUAAUAUCAAGUAAGGGAUAGAUAUAAUCAAAAUUAAUGAUGAUAAGUGUGAAAAGUGUUUGAUA